AGAUUAUAUGGAGCUGCGGGAGCUGCCGCCUGGGGGAGGAGAGGUGCAGGUUCUGCUAGGUUUUUGCUCUCCUUCUGUGCUCUCCUUGAGUCUAUUUCCCAAGGCUCUUCAGAGCCCAUGUGAGGUGAGGGUGGGUGGGUGGCUGGCCAGCCUGCCUGUUGACAGCAACUCCAGGGCUUGUUCCACAGCCUUGCCAACAUUACCAUCCUCAUCCAAAACUGGCAGAGGCAGCAACAGCUCCCGCAGGCAGCUUCAGCCCCUGCGGGCUGGUUUUGCAGAAGCUGCCCUUCACCUUCCAGCUUUGGGCUGGGAAAGGGGAAGAAGGGGGAGCCGCGGCAGUUCUCCUGGCUUUCUAGAUCUCUCUCCCUGUCUCUCUGUCUCUCUCCUUUCUCUUUCUGUGUUCAAGUCACAUUACAUGGGAUUCUGUUCUUUUGGGACUUCGUCAUCUUUUCAAAUAUGUCCUGGGACCUCCGGAGCCGUACCGGGGAUGCUAAGGACACGGUCAGUGGAUUAUCGUGACUGUACUAAUGAAAGGAUUCAAGCUAUCCUGCACUGCCAGUAACUCAAACCGCAGCACGCCGGCCUGCUCCCCCAUCCUCCGGAAGCGGUCUCGCUCGCCAACCCCACAGAACCCCGACGGAGACGCCAUGGUGGAGAAGGGCUCAGAUCACUCCUCGGACAAGUCCCCGUCCACACCCGAGCAGGGUGUGCAACGCAGCUGCUCCUCACAGUCGGGCCGCAGUGGUGGCAAAAAUUCCAAGUCUCACAAGCGCCUCUCAAAAAAAAGCCAGAGUUGGUAUAAUGUAUUAAGCCCCACUUACAAGCAGAGAAAUGAAGACUUCCGAAAGCUCUUUAAGCAACUUCCAGACACGGAACGCCUCAUUGUUGAUUAUUCAUGUGCACUCCAAAGGGACAUUCUUCUUCAGGGCCGACUCUACCUCUCUGAAAACUGGAUCUGUUUCUACAGCAACAUCUUCCGCUGGGAAACUCUGCUGACCGUCCGUUUGAAAGACAUUUGCUCCAUGACUAAGGAAAAAACAGCUCGCCUCAUUCCCAAUGCCAUCCAAGUUUGCACUGACUCUGAAAAGCACUUUUUCACUUCAUUUGGGGCGCGGGACAGGACGUACAUGAUGAUGUUCCGGCUCUGGCAGAAUGCUCUCCUUGAAAAGCCCCUGUGCCCCAAGGAGCUCUGGCACUUUGUUCACCAGUGCUACGGGAACGAGCUGGGCCUGACCAGUGACGACGAAGACUACGUGCCACCCGAUGACGACUUCAACACGAUGGGCUACUGCGAGGAGAUCCCCGUAGAAGAGAAUGAAGUGAAUGACAGCUCAUCCAAAAGCAGUAUAGAGACCAAGCCGGAUGCCAGUCCACAGCUGCCCAAGAAAUCUAUCACCAACAGCACCCUCACCUCCACGGGGAGCAGCGAAGCCCCUGUCUCGUUUGAUGGACUGCCCCUGGAGGAGGUCCUGGGGGGCGAUGGGUCGCUGGAGAAGGAGCUCACCAUCGACAACAUCAUUGGGGAGAAAAUUGAGGUCCUUGCACCGGUGGCCUCCCCCUCUCUGGACUUCAAUGACAAUGAGGACAUCCCCACCGAACUUAGCGACUCUUCCGAUACCCAUGAUGAAGGUGAGGUCCAGGCCUUCUACGAGGACCUGAGUGGCCGGCAGUACGUGAAUGAAGUCUUCAACUUCAGCGUGGACAAGCUCUAUGACCUUCUGUUCACCGACUCGCCCUUCCAGCGGGACUUCAUGGAGCAACGCCGCUUCUCUGACAUUAUCUUCCACCCCUGGAAGAAGGAAGAGAACGGAAACCAGAGCCGAGUGAUUCUCUACACCAUCACCCUUACCAACCCCCUGGCUCCCAAAACUGCCACCGUCAGGGAGACACAGACCAUGUACAAGGCGAGCCAGGAGAGUGAGUGUUACGUGAUCGACGCCGAGGUCCUCACCCACGACGUGCCCUACCACGACUACUUCUACACCAUCAAUCGCUACACGCUCACCCGUGUGGCCCGGAACAAGAGUCGGCUCAGGGUCUCUACAGAGCUGCGUUAUCGGAAACAGCCCUGGGGGUUGGUAAAGUCUUUCAUCGAGAAGAACUUCUGGAGUGGGCUGGAGGACUACUUCCGCCAUCUAGAGAGCGAACUGACCAAAACAGAAAGUACCUACCUGGCUGAGAUGCACAGACAGUCUCCGAAAGAGAAGGCCAGCAAGCCUCCAGCGGUGCGGAGGAGGAAGCGUGCCCACGCCCACCUGCGAGUCCCUCACCUGGAAGAGGUGAUGAGCCCCGUCACCACACCCACUGAUGAAGAUGUGGGUCACCGGAUUAAGCAUGUGGCAGGUUCCACGCAGACACGGCAUAUCCCUGAGGACACCCCCAAUGGUUUCCACCUGCAGAGUGUGUCCAAGCUGCUGCUGGUUAUCAGCUGUGUGAUCUGUUUCAGUCUGGUGCUGCUCGUCAUCCUUAACAUGAUGCUCUUCUACAAACUCUGGAUGCUGGAAUACACCACCCAGACCCUCACUGCCUGGCAGGGUCUCAGGCUCCAAGAAAGAUUACCCCAGUCUCAGACAGAAUGGGCCCAGCUCUUAGAGUCCCAACAAAAGUACCAUGACACUGAGCUCCAAAAAUGGAGGGAAAUCAUCAAGUCCUCAGUGAUGCUUCUCGACCAGAUGAAGGACUCACUCAUCAACCUUCAGAACGGCAUCAGGUCCCGUGACUACUCAUCAGAAAGCGAAGAGAAGAGGAACCGCUAUCACUGACAAGGCAGGAACAGGGGUGGCUGCAAGAGGCCUGUGCAAUACAUGCCUGGGAGCCCGGAUUUGGAGCCCUGGCCACUGGGGAGAAGCACCUGGCCUGCCAAGAGGAGCUGAUGCCAGACGAUCUACCCAACAUGUGAAGGUGGAAAGAACAUUGUCACCUCUGCCCUUUGCUCUCCCUUGCUUCUCUCAGCACAGUGAACACUGCAGAAGCAAAAUGGUGGCCUCUGCUCCAGGCAAGACAGCUGGCUCUGUCUGGAAUGUUGGCCCUGGGCUUGGGUGCCAUGUGCUGAGAUCUCAUCAUCAAAGCAACCAUUUUUGCCAACGAUAGUGUGUGGCUCCCCCAUGUUUCCCCAUCCUGCAUCUAGGGCCAGACCACUCUCUGCAUGGACCAGACCAUCUUCCCAAACCCAUGGUGCUUCUCCCUUCCCCAACUCAACCUAGACCCCAAGGUGGGGAGGGAUGGGCCAGAGGCCAUAUGGUCCUGGACAAUCCUGACAUGGGGUGGAGUGGGGUGAGGCAUAAGAGGAGCCCCAAACCUGCACUGGGCCAUCGAUGGGAAGGAACACAGGUUGAUUGCAGUCGAGUUGUCUGGCCAUCUGUGUGGGGAACUGUCGCUGUGCUCUGCCUGGCGCUGUGCGCAAGGUCUGGAAACUCACUGCUAGUCCCUAGAAACAUACAAGGCCUCCCAGCCAAAUCUUUAAUGUAAGUAGCUAGAGCCAUGGAAGUACAGUAUGAAUUAAAAGAAAAAGUAUUGAACUUCAAAU